AUGAAAGCUGCACGCGUCCGCCUCACUGAUCCGGAGGGCAAGCCUUAUGGCUUCCCUGGCAAUGUUGCACCAUCGUCUGCAAUUGAGGUGCUUGAGGAUGUUCCCAAGCCUGAAAUCUCAGAGGCCGGUCAACUCCUAGUGCAAGUCAAAGCAUCCACAGUCUACCGCGACAAUCUGGAAUGGAACGAGCUCUACCCCCCAAGCCACGCACAACUUGGCAACGACUUUUCUGGCAUUGUUGUUGCCGUUCACCCAGACGAGACGGAAUACAAAGUCGGCGAUCAUGUAUACGGCAUGACACAUGCUAAGCGCGGAAGCACAUGGGCGGAAUAUGCGCUCGUCACAACCGAAGAAACGGUGAAGAAGCCAGACAACUUGUCUUGGGAAGAAGCCGCCGCUAUACCGGGAAGUGCCAUCACCGCUGACCAAGCUCUCUUCAUGCAUGCUGGACUCGAAACCAAGGCUACAACUCCUCAGCGCGUUCUUAUUACCGGAGCAAGCGGUGGUGUGUCAACGUACCUGGUCAAGUUUGCUGUUGCUGCUGGCCAUCACGUCGUAGCCGCGACGAGCUCAAAGGAACGCAACGGCGCUUUCCUUACUUCCAUCGGUGCGCAUGAGGUGGUUGAGUACAGCGAGCUUGAUGCGCUGGAAAAAGUUGAUUAUGUGAUUGACAGUGUUGGUGGUGAUGUGCUUCCUAGCUGUUGGAACGUCGUCAAGCCGCAGGGCACGCUUGUUGAGUUCGACGCUGUGAGCUGGGGCUUCAUGGAGGACGCCAAAGCCAAGGGACUUAACGCCGGCAAGGAGGAUGUCCGCGCUUUGUAUUUCAUUGCCGAGCCCUCAAGAAUUAGUAUGCAGCGCAUUUCAGAACAUGUGCUGCACAAGGGCUUGAAGGGCAUUGUGCUUAAGACGGUGAAGCUGGAUGAUGUGCGCGCGGCCUACGAAGAGGUGCAUUCGAGAGGCAUUGGUCAGGGCAAGGUAAUUGUCCUUAUUUAG